AUGAAUGAUUUUGAUUAUAAAUACCAUAAAAGAUCACCUAAAAGGUGGAAUUUUGAUGAGCUUAAUAAUGAAAAAGAGUACCUAGAUAACAUUGCUAUCGAUAUUUUAAGUACUUGCAGAAGUGAAUUUACUGAUCCAGAAAAUUUUCAAUUUAAGCCAGUUAUUACACCAACAAUUUCCUCACCACAUCGUUUAAGCACCGCAAGUUACUCAAGUAUUUCAUCUAAAUCUGUUUCUAGUCAAUCAUCAAAUUCAUCAACUCCACCAAAUAGAAAUAAAUCGCAGACAAGUAAUAAUUUCGAGUCAAAUUCACAUCAAAGUUUUGCUUCUUUUCUGUCUGAUAGCGAUCAUGAAACAUUUAGUAGCUUUGAGAAGAAACCUAAGCCAAAAAAGCAACCAAAACCAUAUAGAAUCAAGAGAGAUCAAGAAAUAGAUGAAUUUGUCGAUAAUAUUACGGAUUAUACAAAAUGGAGAACAUAA